AUGAAUAAUAAACACCUCAACUAUAUCCCUGAUCUGGUGGCAGAACUUAAUAGGAAUCCUAUGGUUAACUCGUACCAAGGCGAGCCUUCCAAUCCUUCGUCACAACAACAAAAACGGCAAAACAGCUUGUCAAAUUACGUGACAAAUAAUUCGAAUAAAAGGACAUCAAACCCUCUACAGAUGUCCAUGCCUACACAAAACACACAAGAUUUCAACUUCCCACAAUCAUCCAUAAAUAAUAAUACAACAUCAGGGAGUGUUAAUGCGCCCGGUGUUUCAUCGCAGAGACUUAGUAAUAAUCCAAUGAUUCGUAAUAAUGUGAGAAGAAGUUUGAUGCAGCACCAAAAAGGCCAAUAUAAUGGACAUCCAGUGACUACAGGGACAAUGAAAACACCGACUCCUUCGGCAUAUGAUGUUCCGUCAAGCCCAAAUAUUAACCCUAUGUCGAGUAUUUCUGCUAACAAUAAUUCUGAUCUGUCUGAUUCAAAUGCAUUAGAUCAAAAUCAGCAACAUAAAUCACAAGCUCGGCUUCUUCAGGCACAUACAGAGCAUAUGCAAUCAUCAGACUUUUCGUCUGGAAGCAAGGAAAUGUCCUCACUGAUGAAUCCGAUAACACAAGGGCAGCAGUCUUCACAACAAGAAACUCUCCAUGAAGUUUCGCCGCCAGAACAGCAACAAAAUCAUCAGCAGCAUUUUCAACGUACGAUGUCUGAUGAAGAACAACAGUUGGCCUCAAAGCUCAAAGAUACGUACAAGAAUAUCGUAAAUUUCGAAGAAGUGGUUCAGAAGAAUUGCAUAGAGAUAUCUAUUAAAAUAAAUACUACGGCAAGUAGUAGUAUACAAAGUUAUCGUGAUUCUCCCAUGGUUAAUCCACAAUUGUCAUCUUCGGUUAAUUCAUCAUCGUCUGUGUCAUCAUCAUCUAAAGCAUCCGAAUUACUGAAUGAUCUUUGGACUGUUUAUCAUCAUAAUAUAACAUUAUUAGAUAAUUAUUAUGAUUUUUUGGUUACUGCGUUAAAGCCAACCUCUAAUCAGACACAGUUCAAAACUGGUAAGAAUAUAGUCGAUUUAUAUAAGAUUCCAAGACGCAUGUGGGUUUACGGUAUUGUUGGAUUUUUAGAAGUAUUAAAGAAUAUCAUGAGCAUUUUCCAAGACCAUGAGAUUUGUCUGUGCUUUAUAGCGUAUUGCUUUAAUAUUAUUUCAAACUUAACUGACCCGGUAUUAGAAAUGGAGGGAUGGUGGUCCGAAAAGUUGGGGGAUUUAUCACGAAUGGCGAUAGCAUUGUAUUCCUCUAGAUUUAUUGAUUGGAAAAUCAGUGCUGAAUACUGGUAUUCUGUUGCGAUGAAGACAUUAUAUGGACACGGCAAAAUAUAUUAUCAUAUGUGUACAGUUCAACAAGAUAAUUUAGAUGCAUUGGUAAAUAUUGGUAAGUCGGUAGUAUGUCGUGAUCCAUUUGUUCCAACUCAACAAUACCUUAGGUUAGUCGUGGAGAAUAUUUGUACGCAAAGAAAUAUUCUAUCAUUAUUGGAAUUACCUACUAUUGACUUCAUCAAAAUUCAUAAAGUUUUAUUAAGUAUUCAUACAAACUAUAGUAAUUCGGAGAAUAUAUCGGGUAAUGCAGAUAAUAUUCAUGAUACACAAUUACAGUAUGGCAUCGACUUAGUAACCCGCUAUGGUUUAACAUUUGGAUCUGAUUCUAAUGGAUAUAAUUUUUUUACUGGAGAAAUAUAUACUCCUCAUGGAACGACUUCAAUGAAUGAUCCUCACCAUCCGUACUAUUUGCAACAACAACAGCAAGCUGGAGCUACAAAUUCAGUUGAAAAAAUGAAUUUUUGGUUUAAUAAGGGCUCCUUAUUUGCAAUUGCGAAUAUUAAUCAUUUAAUAGGAUUUGGUGAUGCCAAAAAUCCUUUUGCUAAAAUAUUUCAGUUACCAGAAGUUUUGAAAGAAAGAAAGGAUAAAAAGGACCGGAAAAGGAAAUCGAGGGGAUCGCAAUCUCAUAUUGAUGAGUCAAUUAAUGCAGCCGCUAUUUCGAGUGGCGUUGACGGUCAAACUAUCACUGCAUCUGACCUAUCGGCAGAUAAUUGGUUCUACUGUUUAAAGUUUAUAAACAAGUCGGUCCUUGAAUUAUCUGUUCGUAUAUUGAACCAUUACUUAAUAGGACCGAAACAAACAUCGACAUGUCAUGUUCUAGUAUGGUUGUACUUUUUAAUUUCUAUUGGCGAAGCAACGAAUAAGUUUCCGAAUUCAAAACCUAUGUUUAUGUGGGUAUUCCGUAAAUUAUUCCCAUGGGAAUCGAUUCUCAAUUAUCUCAAUUCAUUACUUUCAGUUACGAAGAAUAAUUCUAAAUUAAAUGAGUUGUGUCGUUUUUACCUUCUAAAUCAUCCAAAUUAUGUGGACUAUUUUAACAACAAUGAAUUUUUACCAGAAGUGUGGAAAUGUUGGGGGACUGUGUGGUUUGAUUUCAUAUCGACAAAAAAUGAUUAUAACGAUAUAAGCCUGGCAGGAGUUCAGAAUUAUAAUUUGUUUGAUUUACCAAUUUGCGGAACGUCCCCUGUAAUCGAUCUGAUCCAUAAUUAUGAGCAAAAGACAAGACUGCAACUGGAAUUUGAUAAUGAUGAAAGAAUCGUCCGUAUUCUUUUACUUGGUCGCUUCAUCGCAGAUAAUUAUGAUUUUGGACUAAUUAGAUCCGACGAUGGAUUCAAGUUCGACGAGGAAAUCUACUUGAAUGUUGAUGUUUUCGAUUCAUCCACACGAGAAUCGGGUGCGUAUGCUUACAUUGAGGAAUUUUUAUUAAGUGACAAGCGUUUCGUUCAGAAUAAUUUCUUACAACAAAUCAGUCCAGAAAAUUUGGUGAAUAGUUCAACCUUCGAAAAUAUUAGUGCAUUAGAAAGAGAUGAUCUUUGGUUUAAUCUAUCGGAACUGAAUUCCUCGGGUGAUGCAGUCAGCCAUCAAUUACAUUAUGAUGAUAUUGACAAUGAAAAUGACCUGGAGAAUUAUGGGAAUUCUAAAUUUAAUGAUUCUCAAAUAGAUUAUGAUUCGAAUUUAAAUCGAUAUCAGCAACUAGAUGACCAGGUCUUCCAACAUGCAAGGCAAAUGAAUGUGGGUGAUGACUUGUAUAAUGAGAUUUUCAUGAAUAAUUCUGAAAGGUUACCAACCAGAGGUGGCAGAUUAUCAGUCGAAGGUGAUCUUGGAGAUGGUAUAGAUAGUAACCUCACAUACAUUACAUUAGACACGAAUAUUUGGUUAAAACAUUGCGGGAGAGUAUUUAAAUGUGUUCGGAAUAGUGUUUUAAAAGUUCUGAUUCCAUUAAUCGUCUUUCAGGAAUUGAGGUCUCUACGCAAAUCUGCGGAAGCGACAAUUGCCGAUGCAGCAACUAGGUCAGUUAUUAUUAUCAGAGAAUUGUACUUCACUGGAGAAAUUUUGCCAUUAAGAUUCGACGGCUCUGUUGCUUCGGAUAUUAACGAAACUACAGAAUUUGAGAAUAAUUCUAACUGGAGAACAAAUGUUGAAGAAACCAUAUUAAUUUCAGUCAAUAAGCAUGAUGAAAUGAGCAAGAAACUAAUGAAAGGUUUAAAUCUGACUGUGAACGGUCCAUCCAUCGAAACGGUUGUGUUGGACACAACCGCAUCUAAAGCAUUUAAUUAUUGUAUUCUAAUCACUGAUGAUAGAAACAUGAGAUUAAGAGCGAAAGCCAUAGGGUUAACAAGCUUUCAGAGCAAAUGGCUUUUCUGCCAACUAGAAGAUAUUUUUCCCUAUAAAUGUAUUGAUUGA